GACAUGAAGAGGAAGAACAAGUGACUGUGAUUUCGAACCUCAUCGUAGGACUAGAUGUCGCUUUGAAGCGUUUUCUUCAAGUACCACAACAUCUGUGCUUCAACAAGCCGGUGCGGGAAAGAGCAAGUUACUUGGAACUAGCGAAUUUAGCAGUAGCUGAGCGAGUUUUGUUUUCCCAAGACAACACGUGGCUGAAUUGCGACCAGUACGCAACAGCUGUUGACCAAGCACAAGCGUACUUGACAACAUCGCAGAGCGGAACGUCAGCGUCUUUGGAUCCUUCAUCAAGGCGUGGUGGCGCUGGUGGAGAGCAGAGCGCUAGCAUCAAUGUCGUCGGAGGUGUGUCGUCCGGAGGUCACACGGGAGCAGCCUCCUUUUGGUGCUUCGCCGACGGUAUGCGGAAAAUUUUUACGAGAGCGCAUAACUAUGGGCAGGAGCUCGCAGUCGUUGUUGAGACGGACUUCGCGCAAGUAAAUGAUGAUAUUGGUCUGUAUCAUACGCUCCUGGCACGCGGUGGUAGUUCCGUCCUGCUGUACACAAGAGCGAAGGCACCGCAGAGUACUCGCAAAACAAUUUGCUUUGGUGAACGACUGUGCCUGCAAUUAGUGCGCCAUUCAAGUGCCAUUGUCGAACGCCGUUUGACUUCGGCGCCAGUGACACGGCUGUUUGGGGUGAAGUUUCCUGUAAGAUUGCAGUUGAAUGAAGUAGUGGACAAUGGUGUUAUUAUAGGUCGUCCGGGAGGUGGUCAGACGCAAGUUCAAGCGUCAUCGAGGCAAUGUCGAUGGCACAUGGUGAUUAUAGUAUGCGGAGACGCGCCAGACUGGUUCAGAGCGGGUGAAGAAAAUUUGCAAAAGGGUGCUGUAGUGGUUUUUGCAGGUUUAGGUAGAGGAUGUGCAAACAUGAUUGCCGAGCAGCGACAGAGAUUUUUGGAGCAGGAAGAAAAUGGAGCAUCUUCAGCGACGGUGUCAACAUCACGACAAGAGAGUGUCUCUACUAAGUUGUACGAGAAGGAGAAUACAGCUGUAGUCCUCGUAUUUCCGGAAUUCCUGUUUGAUGUACGCUUUGGACUGCCUCAGAUCCAAGCACACGCAGCGUUAACGCUACAACCAGCUUGUCCGUCGUCGAUCAUGACUCCAAAGAAUAGCACCCGUUCUGGCUUUGUGGCGUUUUCACCGAUUGUCAACUCCGACGCCGAACGCAUCGAGACCUGCCGUCGCGUCCGGAAACAGUAUUGGAAAGCAGUGUACUAUCGUAGUGGGUCGCAGCAAUUCGCUCGGCAUUGCGGCGCUGGUUCGGCGCUGCGUGUUUACUCUCGUGACCUCUUUCUGCGGCUCGUUGCUGACGAUGAUGCUCUGCCGAAGCUCGACACGAACGCGGACGAGAAAUAUACCUCCAAGAUCCUGACUCACCUUGAUCUAGCACUCUCAGAUCAACGUCCAGGCCUUGAUUACGUUUCGAUCUAUGCUUCAAACAACCCUGUACCGGAGGACGGGUGGUACGUACAGAAGCCAGCGCUUCACGCAGCCACUGCUGACCAUUUUCAAGUCGAAGCUGUUACCAGCGUGGACACUGCGGCAAGUUAUCACGAAAACGAUGUAGUUGACGGUGGGUCAGGUUCGGGCAGCAACGCAUAUACUCCGGUUGCGCCAUUUGUGCAGUGCAUGCCUGGUCUCAACUGGUUCCAAAUCAAUACGCGCGGCGUCAUCGGAAGCUACUGUUUCCGACAGCAGGUACUUACGCAUUUUGUGUACCUCAAUCUAUGCUCUGACUAUAGCGAUGAUUCUGCUGGCAGAUACACAUUAUCGUAUGCUAUCCGAGAUCUAACUUUCUGUUUCUUAUAUAUACCGUCGUGCUGAUGAAUGAGAAUGACUUACCAUGUCUGUGUACUUCGAGAAUACGGGAAAUAACCUCAAUUAAACAUAUACAGGUCGAGCGUCACUUCCGGUAUUUUGUGUCCUGGUGGGUGAACGGGAUGGGAAAUCAAGCUGUUCCGGAGGAGGGAAGUUUGCUGGCUUUAUGGCGCAACGGCGAAGUUGGGCAGUUUCCGUGGGAUAGCGAUUUUGAUUUGAAGCUGUAUACUGCCGAUCCAAGUCUCACGAAAGACGAAUUUCAUGAGCAGCUGAAAAAACAAUUUAUGCCUUGAUUCUUUUACAAGUCCUAAUCAAUAGUAAUUUCUGUGAUUUAUGCCUUGAACAAAGGAAAGACAAGAAGUAAGAAUCUGUUGUGUAGUUGGCAGGCUCUACACGAAUCUAUCGUCGCUUUUGUUCUUCGUAUAUUCGAGUUCGCGGGCGCAUGAAGCAGCGUCGCAAGGCACCGGAUACCCCUUCAGUUCGAAGCAGAGCCUCUUAAAUUCUUGUCGUUAUCGACAGUAGGUGGUUAGUCGAACUAGCAAUUGUUCUGAUUACCCCUUUCAUACUCCUCGCAAAAGACGGUGAAACCGACGAGGGCCGAACCACACAAGCAUGGAGUUUUCUCGGCUGUGGCGAUGACAAUUAUUUUCUGAUCCGCAUCCCAAAUAUCACGCAUCAUAUCGGCGAUGUUUACUAUCAGAACAAUGUGAAGAGAACCGCGCAUCCGUGGCGCGUACGCAUGCUAGGGUCGUCCUGGCGUAGUAGAGAAAGAUCAACACCAGCAAAAGCUUUGAAUUUGGCGAGAAACAGCAAUAGACGUACAGGGAGCUCUGCGUCCGAACAACUGGCUACAACAUCUUCAGACGUAGUAGUAGACCAACAGCAACAACAUGCUACUGAUCUGGGGUUUCCGAUAUCGGUAUCGCAAGGACACAUGGAGCACAUUUUUUUUGACCGGUACCAUGGGCCGGUCGAAAAAUUAUACGGCGACCACGGAUCGCCCCUGCAGUGUCAAAGCCGCAAUCACAACGCGUGUUUACCAGACUGCAAGAAAUCAUACACAACUACCACUGGCGGUGACACUGAAGAUGAUCUUCAUCAGGUAGAAGAAAAACAUAACGAGAGAGACGAGAAUGUUAUCUCAAAAAUACUGACGAGUAAAGGAAUCGGAAGAAAUAAACUCAGUGAAAGAACAUCAAGUAAAAACACUGUUUCACAGGAAGUAAAAGGAGUAAGUACAAUUGAUUCACGAGCUGAUAAAGAUUCUAAUGCAGGGGCACAGAGAAGACCUGGUUGUGAUUUUGAUGACAAUUUUGUCCACCUAGAUGUCUGGGAUGUGCCUGAAAACGACCCGUUUUACUGGCCCAGUACCCGCAAUUAUGAAGAACCCUCUCCCCAGCUAUAUUGUGUGGCAAGCCAAGCAGGAAGAAGGACUUGGAUCCGAUUUUGAAGGCGUGUUCGCCUGCAACCGAUCAUCGUGGCUGGUGCCCACGCUAA